AUGUUUACCGCGAAGAAAGGGAAAAUUGCGAGAUGGGCUACCACACUUCAAGAAUACGAUUUAACCAUACGGCACAAGAGUGGUGCCGAAAUGAUGCAUGUGGACGCGUUAAGUCGUCUAGAGAAAAGCGAUACUAUAGUGGAAGAUCGCAUGGUGUGUCCUGUAACAAUAAAUCAAGUAGAUUCUCCGUUACCCAGCUUACGAUUGAUCCAAGAAGAACAAAGUCAUGUACCAAAUACGGAAGUUCAACGUUUCGGUCUCGUGUUAGAGCAAGGGUUACUGUUCCACCCGAAGGGUGAUUCCAAUCAUUAG